AUGAUUGAGGGUACUGAUAAAGGCAAGAAGCAGAGUAGGGGGGGAGUGAAUAAAGGCCUUGCUGCUGCUGCUGCUGCUGCUGCUGCAGCAGCAGCAGCAGCGGGGUCGCAGCAGGAGAAUCAGAAGCAGCAGGUGCAGCAGUUAAUAAUGCUGCAGCAGCUUCAGCAGCAGAUACAGCAGCAGCUGCAGCAGCAACUGCAGCAGCAGCAGCAGCAGCAGCAGUAUAACACGGGUGCAGCAAGAAGAAGGACGCAGCAGCAGCAGCAGCAGGAACAGCAGCAGCAGCAACAGCAGCAGGAGGUGGGGGAUCAAGGGGUGGUUUACGUGGUGGAUCAGACUCCUCCUCCUCAUCAUCUGCUGCAGCAGCAGCAGCAGCAGCAGCAGCAGCAGCAGGAACAACAGCAGCAGCAGCAGCAAAACCCCCUAACCCAGCAGCAUCUACCUCUCCUUCUUCCUCAGCAGCAACACCCCCCCCACCCCACCCAACCCUCCCCCCCGCACCACCCCCCGCACCACCAGCAGCAGCAGCAGCAGCAGCAGCAGGAGAAGGAGGUUUACUAG